AUGGUCAAACUUGACGUUAGGUCUUGUAACCACCGAGUAUCGGCGUCUCCCACACAUUGGCCGGAUAGUAUUUAUGGCGUGGUUUUCUCAUCUGGCUCGGGGUUGAGCCCGAAGGGACUUGCAGUUCGACUUGCCUGGCUGGAAGCGGAAAAGGCAAGGAAAGCAGCAGAAAAAAUAAAGCACGACGCAGCAAGAAAAGCGUUAGAGCCUCAAUUCAAGAGGGAGUGGCUGAGACUUCAACACAAGGAAAUCGAGGAAUUGGAGGAAAUGCGUCGUUUACUACCUCCUGGAGAAAAAGAUCCCUGGACAGAGGCCAGAAUCAAGGAGAUACAAACUGGCAUAGCAACAACGGUCCCUUCGAUGCCGGACAGCUGGGUUUCAAAGAAACUUCAACAACUCGCGGAGCAAGAUAAAAAAGCGAAGAAGGAAGCAGAAGGGAAUGGGAUGAAGGCUACUUGGAAGAAAUGGAAAAAAGCAAAAUUAGAAUCAUAUGUUCUGGCCCGCGACGUCGAGCGGUCCAAGGCAAGUGUGAAGAUUUUUGAAGAUAAUCCACGCUACCUGCCUACUAUGGAAAGAAACUUGAGGGUCGCAGAAGCAAAUUUGGCCAAGUUCCCUAGGAUGAGCAUGCCUGAAGGUUGGAGACCAGAUGACGAGGAUAAUUUGACCUUCGGCGUCGGGCAGUACAAAAAGAUCCUGAAGCGCCUGGAAAGUGAAAGAGGCACAAACGUCUGGAAGAACAAGCAAAGGGAGUUAGAAAAGGCAGAAGAAGAGUUGGCAAAGCUCCCUGAGAUGAGGAUGCCUGAAGGUUGGAAGCCUGACGGUUGGAAGCCAGCGGGAACGUCGAAGCUUUAG